GAUCUUGUCAUUUCGAGCCUGGCGGCACUAUGUACGGCCCUCUGGGAGGAGCCGAGUGCGUUUCAUAGGCUGUGGGCGGACGCCUGGCUGGCAUGGCUCCCAAAACCCGGUAAAACCCCAGACCAGCCCGAGAACUUGCGACCCAUUUCCCUCACCGAGGGAGGUGGUCGCAUCGUCGUCAAAGCCUACACCGCCAGACUUCGCCCGUCCCUCACCGAGGCGACGUUACCGUGGCCACAAUACGCCUAUAUUCCUGGCAGGAGCAUAGAACACGCUAUCGUAAGGGCGCUGAGCCACUGUGACCGCGUACAACAUGCUUUAGCCGCUGAGCGCCUGACUCUACGAGAACGCCGCGACACAGGCCGGAGACCAACCGGUUGUCAAGGGGGGGUGACGCUCUCUAUUGACACGAGCAAGGCGUUCGACACUGUCGACAGGCGCAUUCUUGAGCAGGAGUUGAAAGCGGCCCGCGUUGCGGAGCCGGAGCUCACCAUCAUCAUGAACCUGCAUCAUAACAUCGGGUACUGGCCAACCGGCCAGGACCCCCACUCCAGGGUCGCCAGUGAAAGAGGAGUGCGACAGGGGUCCCCCCUGGCGCCGAGUCUGUGGACCCUGCAAGUGCCGGAAACCUCCUUGGCCUGGGUCCAGCGGGACACCACGAUGUUUGCAGACGACUUGCUGCUUCAAUGGGAAUUCACCAGUGUACAGCAUCGCAAAACUCAGCUGCUCGUUGCGCACAAGGGUCGCCAGGCACAGAAAUGGUGGAAAGCACACACGGCCUCCAACUCGGAGGGCCGCUUCCUGCUCAUUUCCCAGCCAAACCAGAAGAACCUCCGGUUACCCAUUGUCGAGCAGCUCACGUACCUUGGCGUCAUUCUUUCCUACAAGGACGCGACUACGGCCACGGUGGAUCAUCGCCUUCAAGUCGCGGAAGCACAGCGUGCGCGUCUACUCAAGGUACUUCACUCCCGGACGCUUCCCUUGGGCAAGCGCGUGCAGCUCUGGGUGGCAUGCGUCCGUAGCUCCGCUUUCUAUGGUCUCCACCUGCUGGACCUCCAGCAAAAGCACCUGACCCGCAUCACCAUUACUGUUGUUAAAAACACUUACGGGCCAUUGCCAGGCUGCCAGCGACUGCUGACCAAGGCCCAGGCCUCUUGCGAUCCUAUGGUCACCCAGCCCAACAUCCUGCAAUGGCUCGCCAGAGUCACUGAAUCUAGGCUUGCCCUCACCUCCCACCUCGACUCGGUUCCUCCCUUGACCCUCACGACGAUCUUGGACUCAAACAUUGAGCAAGCCGUGGAGGACUCUGUGCGCAUUGCCUCUCUUCCCGGCCCCCUUACUGGGGCGCCGAAGGGGGAAAAGGUUGCUGGACAACACGGCCCCAGGUACGCUACCCUCACCUGCCCUACGUGCCAGCUCUCCUUCCCCGACCUUGCCACGCUCAAACGGCACCACCACAAAUAUCAUGAAACCGCGCUGCCCAAUCCCAACACCUCGGUCGAUGCUGCCGCAGUUCGCAGCCACAGUGUUGACGGUAUGCCGGUGUGUAUGCACUGUGGGCGGGACUACGUUACCUGGUUCAACCUGAAGAGGCGGUGGCUGGAGUUCGCACGGAUGCCGGGCACUCAGGCAGUUCUUCGUCAGUUCUGUGCAGUCUGUGGCCAGUGGCUGGUGUCUGUGCGCAGCAUCAAGCUUCAUUACAAGCAGGCUGCACUUUGCUCGUCUGAGUUGCCUGCCGGCACGGCCCCCGGCCAACCACCCAAGGAGGAGAAGGGAGUCUUUGGAGAUCUUUUGGGCAAGCGCCCCCUGCAGUUGAUGCCAGAGCAGCCCGAGCAACCGCCCAAGUACCCCCACCCG